AUGGCACCCCCGAAUAUUGAGAACAAAGCCGCCCCGGGCAUCUCCUACUACACCCCGGCGCAAGAACCUCCCGCCGGCUCUUCCGCGAUCCCGCAGUCUGAUGGAUCGCUGCCUCCCAAGCUCUUCCAGCCCUUUACGGUGCGGGGCAAGACGUUCCACAACCGCAUCGGACUUUCCCCGCUAUGCCAAUAUAGCGCCGACGAUGGACAUAUGACCGACUGGCACAUGGCGCACCUGGGCGGCAUUGCCCAGCGCGGACCGGGUCUCAUGCUGGUGGAAGCCACAGCAGUCCAGCCAGAAGGUCGGAUUACCCCCCAAGACCAUGGUCUCUGGAAAGACUCUCAGAUCGAACCUCUCCGCCGCGUGGUCGAGUUCGUGCACAGUCAGAGCCAGCUCAUCGGCAUUCAGCUGGGCCACGCGGGCCGCAAGGCAAGCACCGUGGCCCCCUGGUUGAGCGCGGCAGACACGGCCACCAAAGAAGUAGGCGGAUGGCCCGACAACGUGAAGGGUCCGUCGGAUAUCCCAUUCCAAGAGAAGUUCCCCAAGCCGAAAGCCAUGACCCUGGCCGAUAUUGAACAGUUCAAAAAGGACUGGGUGGCCUCCCUGAAGCGGGCUCUCAAGGCCGGUGUGGACUUUAUUGAAAUCCACAAUGCCCACGGCUAUCUUCUCAUGAGUUUCCUGUCGCCCGCGACCAACAACCGGACGGAUAAAUACGGUGGCAGCUUCGAGAACCGUAUUCGUUUGUCCAUGGAGGUUGCCAAGUUGACUCGCGAGAAUGUUCCCGACGACCUUCCCAUCUUCCUGCGUGUCUCAGCCACGGACUGGCUGGAGGAGGUCAUGCCUGACCAGCCCAGCUGGCGCGUGGAAGACACGGUCCGUUUCGCAAAGGCGCUGGCGGAUAGCGGCAACGUCGAUGUUCUAGAUAUCAGCAGUGGAGGUAACCACCAUAAGCAGCACAUCCACGCCAAGGCAGCUUUCCAGGCGCCGUUUGCUAUUAAAGUGAAGGAGGCCGUUGGAGAUCGACUCAAGGUUGGCUCGGUCGGCAUGAUCAACUCCGCCCAUCUGGCCAACAGUCUGCUGGAGAAUAACGGUCUGGACUUUGUGCUGAUUGGCCGUGCCUUCCAGAAGAACCCCGGACUGGUGUGGACCUGGGCGGAAGAAUUGGAUGUCGAAAUCUCGAUGGCUAAUCAGAUUCGCUGGGGCUUCGCCAGUCGUGGUGGCAGUGUCUAUUUGACGAAGCAACAGAAGGUGUGA